AUGCAGCUCUACAGUUGGGGAUGGGGAGACUUCGGGAGGCUGGGACAUGGCAACUCGAGCGAUGUGUUCAACCCGCAGCCGGUAGUGGCCCUGCAGGGGAUGAAGAUCAAGCAGAUCGCAUGCGGUGACAGCCACUGCCUCGCCGUCACCGUCACCGGACAAGUGCAUAGCUGGGGGCGCAAUCAGAACGGGCAACUUGGUCUCGGAAACAAUGAAGACUCGCUGCUCCCGCAAAAGAUCAAGGCUUUUGAGGGUGUCUGCGUAAAAAUGAUCGCUGCUGGCGCCGAGCAUACUACGGCCAUAACAGAAGAUGGCCAUCUCUACGGAUGGGGCUGGGGUCGAUAUGGCAACCUAGGUCUCAGCGACCGCGACGACCGAUCAGUCCCGGAAAAGGUUUCUUCCGUUGAGGGAGAAAAGAUGGCGCUUGUUGCAUGUGGGUGGCGCCACUCGGUCACUGUGUCGUCGUCUGGUGGUCUGUACACCUACGGGUGGAGCAAGUAUGGCCAGCUAGGCCAUGGCGAUUUCGAGGACCAUCUGGUUCCACGCAAGCUCGAGGCCCUCAAAGACGUUUCCAUUUCUCAGAUUGCAGGUGGGUGGAGGCAUACAAUGGCAGUCGCUUCAGAUGGGAAACUCUACGGAUGGGGGUGGAACAAGUUUGGCCAAGUUGGUGUCGGCGAUAACAUAGAUCACUGUUCCCCCGUGGAGGUGAAUUUCCCCGACGAACAGAAAAUUGCACAGGUUGCCUGUGGAUGGAGGCAUACUCUUGCCCUGACAGAAAACAAGAAUGUUUUCUCAUGGGGUAGGGUUGCCAGUGGACAGCUUGGUCAUGGUGAAAUAAUCGACAGGAACACACCCAAGAUGAUCGAUGCCCUGAGCCUGGACGGGUCUGCUUGCAAGCAGCUGGAGUCAUCAAACGCUGUUCCAAUGAUAGCUAAAGUCUGGGUCCCUCCUUCGAAGCGAUUCGCCAUCGUCCCCGAGGAGAAUGUUAGUAAACCAGGCAAUGGAACCGACAAGCACGCGCCUGAAGGCGAUGCCAAGAGGAUGCGCGUCUGA